AAACGAAAGCAUCCAAUGUCCCAGGCUACAAGGCUACAAGCCCAUUUGGGCCUAAAAGAUGAGCACAAUGCCACGUUACCCUUCCGCAGUUCCGCUGGGCACGUGGAGAAUGGAGAUCUAAGGCAGAAAUUUGACGAAGCGAAGAGGGGAUUGGAUUUCCUUUGCCGUUUGGAGGAACCGAGAAGAGGCGAGCUCUUGAAACUUCUUCCCUUCGUUUCUUCCCCGACUCGAUUUCUCAAAGAGGCAUCAGGCAUGGAUGGGAAGAACUCUGGCAGCGGGCAACAAGCUCAACAAACUAAGCCAGAUGCCACGACAGAUGAUCAAAGGGCCCUGAAGCACACUGCAGACUCUGAUACCGGAAACACAAGUCCAGCGAACGGCCAUGGAUCUGUAGAUAUGAACAUGGAAGCAGCCAUCUCUGCUGAGGAUGUAGUGCGAGCGGGUGGCUUCGGUGCUAAAGACGACAUUGGCAGUCUCCUCCCGACGGCAAUGGACUCCACUGACUUCGAGGCCUCAUUGCGUGACGCCCGUGACUUCGAAGGCGACAAGGAACAGCCGUCGCGCCCUGGGCUGGGUUAUAAGGCAGAUGAAACUGACGGUGGGAGCAAGCCAUCGGACCUGCCGCUGCAGUGAUCUUGCUUCCUUGCACUGCUCUAGCUUCGGAAAAGAGGAAAAACAACACAAGACUGUCCACAUUUCUGUAGCGUUCCUAGAGUUCCUGCAUGACUGCAUCUGAACUUUGUGCUUCAGUCGCCAGUGGGUAACAUUAUGUUGUUGCAGUGUUGAUGAACAUGAGUAUUUAGACUCGGUCAGACGGACUUUGGAGGUCUGUGAAUGUAUGGUUAAUGGUUUCAUUUAGUGCUGUGUUGCCUGCAGUUUCCAGUCUGGGCACUGUGCUUUUA